AUGGGCUACACGCAUUACUACCACAUCGAUAACACCUCCAGCCGCGAAUGGAGAGCCGCCUGGCCCCAACUCGUCGAGGACGCCCAGAAAAUCGUCGACAACUCCAGCGUUCCCAUCGGCGGUCCCGACUUCGACGAGCCCGGCCCGCCAAUCAUCGACGUACAGCAGGGAAUCCACCUCAACGGAGUCAGAGACGACGGAUACGAGCCUCUUUGCUUGAACCGGCACGGGAACGCGGGGUUUACAUUCGUCAAGACAGCCUAUAGGCCAUACGAUGAGGUGGUUGCGUGCAUCCUGCUCAGGGCGGCUGUGCUGGCUCCGAACUGUGUCAGCUUGAGUUCGGAUGGUGAUUGGGAACAUGAUUGGUCUACGCCUCGCCAUUUGUAUAGGGAUUUGUGGGAUGAGGAUGUUGAGUGUCCUUGGAGUGAGACUGAGGUUGCGGAUGACUGA